AUGACCAAUCUGCAGUUCACGCCGGACAGCGCGCUCGCGGGAGGGCUGAUUUUGGGGUCGAUGGUGGUGGCGAAGCGAUUGAAUUCGGGACGCAAUUUGGGCGUGAGCGGGGACACCAAGGCGUUCGCGCGAGGCGAGGGUCGAGCGACGAGCGCGGCGUUUUUGAUCGGACUGCUCGCGGCGGGAUACGCGGCACCGAUGAUUCUGGGCGCGCAGGCGGCGGUGCCGAUGGUGGACGCGACGCGAGCCAUCGCGGCGGGCGCGCUCGUCGGAGCGGGGAGCUCGCUCGGAGGCGGGUGCACGAGCGGACACGGAAUCUCUGGGAUCGGACGAUUGGACGUGCGAAGCGUGGCGUUCACGUGCGUGUUCAUGGUCGUCGGUGCGAUCACGGUCGCGGCGACGGGAACGAUGGAUGAGUUACACGUGUCGCAAGCGACGAAGACGAUCGACAUGCUCGCGCGCUCGCCCGAGGCGAAAACGAUUUUGUACGCCAAAAUUUUCGCCGCCGGUGCGGCUGUCCAAGGCGUGCUCUACGCGCUCGCUAAGCGUGAGGGCGGAGGAAUCACGGACGUCGUGAAGAAGCUCGAGCUCGUGAGCGAGUCCGUCGCCGGACUGUUUUUCGGUCUCGGUCUCGUCGUGAGCGGGAUGACGAAUCCGGCGAAAGUCGCCGGUUUUCUCGCAGUCACCACUCAAGCUUUCGAUCCGUCCUUGAUGUUCGUCAUGGGCGGCGCGCUCGCCCUCGUGGUUGUUUCUAUGUUCCUCGCGAAGAAUGCCUUGGGCGUCUCUCGUCCGGCCAUGGCGCGAGAGUUCUCGACUACUCCGAAGUACGUCGACAAGUCUGUUUUGAUCGGAGGCGCGCUCUUCGGCGCUGGCUGGGGCUUGGGCGGCGUUUGCCCCGGCCCGGGCCUCGUCAAUCUCGUUCUGAACUCCGGUCGCGAGAUCACGCUCUGGUGCGUCGCGUACUUUGCCGCGCAAGCCGUCCAACAAAAGCUCUCCUCCCAGUACUCUCUCGAAUAA